AUGUCGAUCGUCGAACACGUAGAGCGAAUUACUUUAACGCAUAUCUUUUUAUUUACAGGAGAAAGCUGCAUAGAGAAGCCCUUGGCGACAUUAUGGAGGAAUUACCAGCAGUCCACGAAACCGGACGUCGUGAUGAAGCUAUCCGUCACCAACUCCGGCUUGAAAGGCUUCACCAAAGAGCACGGCCUCACCGAGUACUGGUCGCACCGCAUCACCUACUGCGCCAGCCCACCACACUAUCCUAAACUAUUCUGCUGGGUGUACCGGCACGAAGGGAAGAAACUAAAACACGAGCUGCGCUGUCACGCCGUUCUCUGCACCAAAGAAUCCGUGUCAAAGAAGAUAACCGAGGAACUACAGUUUAAGUUAAAGCAGGCGCUAGUCGAAUUCAAAAAAGACAGAAUAUCCAAGCAAAACGCUAGGCUAAGUCUCGCCAAUAGUGUAUACGAUAACCCGAGCAUGCCGCGCAGAAAGAUACUGCUUAGUGUCGGCGCUACGAAUUACCGACCGCCGCUGGAGAGGUCCAAGUCUGCCCCAAAACUCGGAGCCAUUGAGGAGCUAUGGUCUGAGGAGGACGAGGAGGAAGCCGAGAUGAACGCGAAACAAAACUCUUGUAACUUGACUUCCGAUGACAUCGGCAUCACACAAACUUUGGAUAGGCGACGACAGGAGUCGAGGUCUCCGCGCAAGUUGUCGUGUCCCGACGGCUUUAUGAACAGAAUGCAACAGGAACCUGCGGGAAAUUUACAAACAACAGAUGAGCUGAUUAAUCUUCUAGUUAAGGAGAGCCAAUUGAAGGCGGCAAACGACAGCCGCAAUGAAGCUAGUCAAAACGAAACUGAAAAAUCUGAUCCUACACUGCAACUAUUGGGGGCGAUCUCCGAAACGCACGAAAAUAUGGACAACACAAUUAACGUCGACGACGUUCGAAAGAAAUUGCAAACACAAAGUAACUUCCUCGUCACGGACAGCGACGACGGAUCUGUUUCUUCGGGCUGCGAGACCGCGAGCACGGUCACCUCCUCGGACGCCGAGCCUUCGUCGCUCCCUUCGCACUUCCCCCACGAAGAAAUAAAGGAAAUCGACAGCGACGAAGACAGGUCUUCUAUAUUUGAGAGAGUUCAAGUAUUUAAACGUGCCUCGUUUAGAGAUAACUUAGAUUACACUAAUUCCAUUCAAGUAAUCAAUGACGAAGAAGAGAGUUUGAAGUCGAUUCCUAGCGAUGAAGUGAACCAUGUACCUAUAGGAGAGCGCAAUGGGUUCAGGCGACGCUCGACAUACCCGCCGCUACGAACCGACACCUCCGCGAUCACUGACCUUGAAGGUAAAUUUGAAUCGCUACUCGACAACCUGACAGAUAUGGAUAGUCUCAACUCUAUUAAUGAAACAGAAGUCUUUAAUAACAUAAAUAAAAAUGCAAGUGACAACGACAGCGCUUGCAGCGAUGAAUCCGGUUAUUCAGAGUUUUUAGACAACGGAAAAGAAAGUAUUAUCGGCAACACAAUAAUGGUUUAGACGCUUAAAUCGCUUGAUGUUACAGCUGUUGCAUUAAAUGUAGUUACACCUUAGUUAUCUCUCGAGUUAGUCGUAAGAUAUGUAUAAAUUUGAGAUUUUUGUAAAUAACAGGGUACGCGAUGUACUUCAUCCAGUUGAUGUAUUUUUAUUUUUUUAGAUUUUUGUAUAUAUAGUUAUUUUAAAAUGUAAAAUUUAUUUCAUUUAUGUAAAAUA